AUGCCUUCAAUCACAAAAUAUCUGACGGAACUAUUAUACAAGAAGGAGGCCGAGGCACCGCCGCCCAUCACGACGUCCACCGCGGUAUUACUAUUAGUUCUCUACACGCUCCUCUACGUCAUCCCCUUCUACCUCUCGCCAAAGACGCGGCCCUCGCCCACUCUCAGCCGGGAUGCGCCCUCCGUGAUCCGCGCGCGCAUCACGUCCGUGACCAUCACCUGCGCCGUCACCUCGCUCACUACCUUUGCCGUGCUCACGCGAGUGGGCGGCUAUGAUGCUGGCGGCGCGCUUCACGCCCUCGGGUACUGGCCCGUCGGCCUGGCCGAGGCGCUGAAGGCCCUGCUCCUGACGGCAACGCUCUUCCUCGGCCCGCUGUUCGAGGCCCUCGUCGUCGAGGACGGGUGGCGAGACUGGGUCGCGCUUGAGCCUGUCAAGGAGGUCCUGCGGGAGAUGACUGCGUGGAGGAAUAUCGUUGCUGGCCCACUGACCGAAGAGAUCCUGUUCCGCUCGGCCGCGGUGCCCCUCAUGGUCCUGGCGCGCACCCCGCUGGCCAGGACCAUCUUCGUGUCGCCGCUCGUCUUCGGGCUGGCGCACGUGCACCACUUCUACGAGUUCCGCGUCACGCACCCGGGCGUGCCCCCCGCGGCGGCGCUGCUGCGCUCCGCCUUCCAGCUGGGCUACACGACCCUCUUCGGCGCCUACGCCACCUUCGUCUACCUGCGCUCCGGCAGCCUGCUCGCCGUCUUCGCCGUCCACGUCCUGUGCAACUGCAUGGGCCUGCCGCGCGUCUGGGGCGCCGUCGAGGGCAGGGGCCGCGACGGCGACGCCGUCCCUGUGGGCAGGGUGUGGUCCCUCGCGUACUAUGUCCUGCUCGUCGUUGGGGCCGUGGGCUGGUGGCGGCAGUUGUGGGCUUGGACGGAGAGUAGCAAUGCUCUAGUUGCCAUGUAA